UGGCCAUCUGGCGGCCCUUUUUGCGAGAAAAUCUCGUGGUGUUGAAAUCGUCUGGUUCAGCGCUGGUUGGAAUUUUCGCCAAAAAAUCAACUAUCUCGACCAGAAGACAACAAUUACAUCAUGGCUGCUGCAGCUGUUGGAAAAGACAUCGAAAAGCCCCAGGCUGAGGUCGCUUCAGUCCAUCGGAUCCGCAUCACCCUGACCUCCAGGAAUGUGCGAUCACUGGAGAAGGUGUGUGCUGAUCUCGUGACUGGCGCCAAGAAGCAGAAACUGCGAGUAAAGGGUCCAGUCCGGAUGCCAACCAAAAUCCUGAGGAUCACCACCAGGAAGACACCCUGCGGUGAAGGUUCAAAGACCUGGGAUCGAUUCCAGAUGCGAAUCCACAAAAGGAUCAUCGAUCUGCAUUCCCCGUCGGAGAUCGUCAAACAGAUCACGUCAAUCAACAUUGAGCCGGGUGUAGUGAUCGAGGUGACCAUCGCUGGGGCUUAAGAUGCUUUCCUGUCCACUCCCGGAAGGAGAUAAAUAAAGUACAAGGCACUUCCUUGAGAAUC